AUGACCUCCAGUUUGCUUGAGACGGGCAGCACGCCUCUCAUUCGGAACACUGCCGCUCAACAGUUGGGAGAUGUCCAGAAGCAACAUCCAGAUGAACUAUUCAACUUACUGGGGCGCAUCUUGCCGUAUCUCAAGUCGAAAUCAUGGGAUACCAGAACAGCUGCCGCCAAGGCGAUCGGACUCAUUGUCACAAAUGCCGAUAUUUUUGAUCCAAAUGAAGAGGAUGGCUUAGGGAUCAAAAAGGCUGACGAUGAGGACGAUCUUGCGGUGGAAAUCAAAUCUGAAGAGGCGCAAUUAUCUCCCUCGGAUGAACUCCUGCAGUUAGAAAGUCUAGAUCUAACGUCGAUCUUAAAGUACGGAAAAAGGCUACUAGGUAGUGCCGGCAAAGAAUAUGAAUACUCCCUGGCCGCCAUGGAUCCAAUAUCUCGAUUGCAGCAUCAGAAGAAAACAUUGAACUCUCGAUUGGGCCUUGCAGGGGAGUAUAUCGAGGACGACCUGAUCGAUGACACUGACUUAGCUUUGAAGACUCCGGCUAUUAAGGAGGAUCCGUCUCAUGCGGCUGUUUCCCGUGAGAACAGUCACCAACUUUCUGCUCCUGUGACAACACCAAGUGAGCCUGCCAACGGAGAGGAGUCCGGACUGAGCAAGCGGCAACUGAAUCAGCUGAAACGAAAAAACAAACAGAGUGCGAAGAUGGGUGCGAAUAAAGUGCGCGUCGUCGAUCUCUCUGCGCGGAAGACGUCCGACGUCACGACACCGUCGGUAACGACUCCGCACCCUAUAAAAGCAGAGAACGGAGAAGAGCGGAACGGCGAUUCGAAGUCAGACUACUUCUCUCUUGAACGACCAUCUGGCGAUGAUGACUCAAAAAUCGUCUCUGAGUUCAAAGGAGAGGCCGCUCCAGAAAAACCUCUGAUUCAGCCUGAGUCCUCCGACGAAGGCCCCAGCAUCGCAUGGCCCUAUGAACCAAUGUGUGAUUUUCUCAUGGUCGAUCUGUUUGAUCCAAAUUGGGAAGUUCGACAUGGAGCUGCAAUGGCCCUCCGAGAGGUCAUUCGCGUUCAAGGUGCCGGUGCCGGGCGCUUGCGAGGGAAGAGCAGAUCUGAAAAUGACACCUUGAAUCGUAAAUGGUUGGAUGAUCUUGCUUGUCGCCUUAUUUGCGUCCUCAUGCUCGACCGUUUCGGCGACUACAUCUCUGACAACGUUGUGGCUCCUAUUCGAGAGACUGUAGGUCAAACGUUAGGUGCUCUCCUGUCUCAGCUCCCAUCCCGUUCCGUCAUUGCCGUCUAUAGAUGCCUAUACCGGAUCAUCAUGCAAAAUGACCUAGGACUAGAACGCCCUAUUUGGGAAGUUUGCCAUGGCGGUAUGAUCGGUCUCAGGUAUUUGGUGGCUGUCCGAAAAGACUUGCUCGUCAAGGAUGCAAAGCUCAUGGACGGUGUCCUGGAGGCAGUCAUGAAGGGCCUGGGCGAUUACGACGACGAUGUGCGUGCAGUGAGUGCGGCAACUCUUGUUCCCAUCGCAGAGGAAUUCGUGACCUCUCGCCAGAACACGCUCGGCAUCUUGAUGAACAUCGUUUGGGAAUGCCUUUCUAAUCUGCAAGAUGACCUCAGCGCCAGCACUGGAUCGGUGAUGGACCUUCUAGCGAAGCUCUGCACGUUCCGUGAAGUUCUCGAUGCUAUGAAAGCGAAUGCAGCUGUGGACCCCGAAUCGUCGUUUGGCAACCUUGUUCCACGCCUCUAUCCUUUCCUGCGACAUACAAUCACUAGCGUGCGCUCGGCCGUUCUUCGGGCUCUUAUGACAUUCUUGCAGCUAGAAGGAGAUGGCACCAAUGAAUGGGUCAAUGGCAAGGCGCUCCGUCUGAUUUUCCAGAAUUUGCUGGUGGAGCGGAACGAGACUGUUCUGAAGUUGUCUCUCCAAGUCUGGUCAGAACUGCUCAAAGCUCUCGACAAGCAUGGGUCCUUCAAAUCCGAAGCCGAACUGCUGUCUCACAUCCAACCUCUCAUUACCUUAAGUAUGGCUCCUUUCGGCGUUCCUCGCUACCCCAUCCCGAUGAAUGCAUCCCUCUUCAUCAAGCCGUCUGGUGUACCGUUCCCAAUGAGCGCAGCGGCACCAGCAAAGUCCUCGCCAAGUGCUUUCAACAAUACCUCUGAUGCGACCAAGAAGAGGGGUCGCAAAGCAGAGAAGAAAGAAGUGCCCCCGCCUUCAGCUCACAAUGUUGAUGGCCAUAUGCUACAAGGUGAUAUUGACUUGGUAGGCGCGGACACCAUGCUGCGGUCUAAGAUCCAUGCUGCAAAGGCUCUUGGUCAACUGCUCUCUUUUUGGGAUAAGAACGGACUUCCAAGCCUGUGGCAGCCUAUUCUGCACGGUCUGAAGCACUCAGCAUCCACUUCCCAACUUGCAACUGCUAUGAUUAUAGAGGAAUAUGCCAGGAUCCAAGGGUCUGACAGCCCGUAUGCUUCUGUACUGUGUGAACAGUUGCGCCCAAUUAUCGAAGGGGACCGUCCAUCAUGGUACGGCGAUAUAGCAUGCUAUCUUCAUGUUGCACGUGCACAAUGCCACUCUUUGCUAAAUGCCUUCCGGGACCACGCUCAUGUUCCUGGUUCGAGAUUGCCCGUGCUGGCUGUUAUUGUUCAAGGUGAAGCCGAGGCUGGCCCGAGCGCCUUCUCGCUGGCGGACGCCGAAAAGGUCGUUGGACCCGAUUUCGAGCGCCUGAAGAAGGGUCUGGCACCCGCUCAGCGCAUUACAGCUCUUCAGGUUCUGAAUGACACAAGGGCAACUGCAGAGAGUGCAAUUAAUGAAGCUAGAAGCGUCCGUGAGGCAAGGGACCUGCGUAUCCUCGCUGCCGCAGCGGGUGCUCUAGUUGCCAUGCAUAACAUCCCUAAGAAACCGAGUCACAUUAUUAAGGGAAUGAUGGAUAGUAUUAAGAAGGAAGAGAAUGCAGAACUCCAACAACGCUCUGCUACUGCAGUUGUCACUCUGGUGGAGUACUAUACUACCGCUACCAAGCGAGGCCCUGUCGAUAAGGUAAUCGGUAAUUUGGUGAAAUACUGCUGUGUCGAUACGUCCGAGACUCCGGAAUUCCACCACAAUGCCGGACUGGAGAAAUCGAUUCUAUCCCUCCGCAAAGAAGAAGACCGCCGUGACCAUCCGGAUGCAGCGAAAUUUGAAAGGGAAGCAAAGGAAGCCAGAAUUAUGCGUCGCGGUGCUAAAGAAGCCUUGGAGCAACUGGCUGUCAAGUUCGGCCCAGCACUUCUAGAGAAAGUUCCCAACCUGGCAUCUCUGGUUGAGCGGCCGCUUACAGAUGCCCUCGCCAAUGAGCUUCCUGCGGAUAUUCACAACCCUGACAAUGAGCUUGGUCAAGAAGUCGUGGAUGGUUUGUCCACACUACGUGCCUUAUUACCCAAGUUCCAUCCUGGUCUUCAUCCUUGGGUUGUCAGUCUCAUGCCCCUGAUUGUCAAAGCACUGCAAUGUAGACUGUCUGUGAUUCGGUAUGCGGCUGCCAAGUGCUUCGCAACUGUCUGCAGUGUUAUCACGGUGGAAGGCAUGACCAUGCUAGUCGAGAAAGUACUGCCUACCAUCAACAAUGGCCUGGAUGUGCACCACCGCCAGGGAGCUGUAGAAUGCAUUUACCAUCUUAUCCAUGUGAUGGAAGAUGGAAUUCUGCCCUAUGUCAUCUUCCUUGUCGUCCCCGUCCUAGGCCGCAUGAGCGAUUCUGAUAACGAUGUCAGGUUGCUAGCCACAACGUCAUUUGCAACUCUAGUCAAGCUUGUUCCCCUAGAAGCUGGCAUCCCGGAUCCUCCUGGUCUCUCCGAGGAAUUGCUCAAAGGACGAGAGAGGGAAAGGAAAUUCAUGUCUCAAAUGUUGGAUGUCCGGAAGGUGGAGGAGUUCACCUUACCAGUGGCAAUUAAGGCGGAGCUUAGACCUUAUCAACAAGAGGGUGUCAACUGGCUUGCUUUCCUUAACCGCUAUAAUUUGCAUGGCAUUCUUUGUGAUGACAUGGGUCUCGGCAAGACUCUUCAAACUAUUUGCAUCGUCGCCAGUGAUCAUCAUUUGCGAGCCGAAGAGUUUGCGCGGACCCAAGCGCCCGAGGUUAGAAAGCUUCCGUCCUUAAUCGUCUGUCCCCCGUCGCUCUCUGGACACUGGCAACAAGAAAUCAAGCAAUACGCCCCGUUCCUUAAGUGUGUUGCGUACGUUGGACCUCCAGUAGAACGUGCGCGGUUGAAAGGUUCCCUUGGCGAUGCUGACAUUGUUAUCACCUCAUACGACAUUUGCCGAAAUGACAGCGAUGUUAUAACUCCACUGAACUGGAACUACUGCGUCUUGGACGAGGGACAUCUUAUCAAAAAUCCCAAGGCCAAGGUGACCCUGGCUGUUAAGCGUGUCGCAAGCAAUCACCGCUUGAUUCUUUCCGGUACCCCCAUUCAAAACAACGUGUUGGAGUUGUGGUCCCUCUUUGACUUCCUGAUGCCUGGCUUCCUCGGUACUGAAAAGGUCUUCCUGGAUCGUUUCGCGAAGCCGAUUGCAGCGAGUCGUUUCAGCAAAUCGUCCUCGAAGGAACAAGAAGCUGGUGCGUUGGCGAUUGAGGCCUUGCACAAGCAGGUGCUCCCAUUCUUGCUCCGUCGUCUAAAGGAGGAAGUUCUCAAUGAUCUACCGCCAAAGAUUAUUCAGAACUACUAUUGUGAUCCUAGUGAACUUCAGAAGAAACUCUUCGAGGACUUCACAAAGAAGGAGCAGAAGCAGUUGGCGAAUAAGAUGGGCAGUUCAGAAAAGUCCGACAAAGAGCACAUCUUCCAAGCAUUGCAGUACAUGCGACGCCUCUGCAACUCUCCUGCGCUUGUCGUUAAAGACGGGCAUAAGCAGUAUGACGAGGUCCAGCAAUACCUUCAUGCGAAGAAUUCUUACAUCCGCGAUGUUGCACAUGCCCCUAAGCUAAGCGCUUUGCGUGACCUCCUCCUCGACUGUGGCAUCGGUGUUGACCCGCCAAGCGAAGGGGACCUGGGUACUGGCGCAAGCUACGUGAGUCCCCACCGGGCCCUAAUUUUCUGCCAGAUGAAGGAAAUGCUCGACAUCGUGCAAAGCGAAGUUCUUAAGAAGCUUCUACCCUCGGUUCAGUAUCUCCGUCUAGACGGUAGUGUGGAAGCCACCAAACGUCAGGACAUUGUCAACCGGUUCAAUACAGAUCCCAGUUACGAUGCCUUGCUUCUGACAACUAGUGUUGGUGGACUCGGUCUGAACCUGACAGGUGCCGACACAGUCAUCUUCGUCGAACAUGACUGGAACCCACAGAAGGAUAUCCAGGCCAUGGACCGUGCGCAUCGUAUCGGUCAGAAGAAGGUCGUCAAUGUGUACCGAUUGAUCACCAGGGGUACUUUGGAGGAGAAGAUUCUGAACCUCCAACGCUUCAAGAUCGACGUGGCAUCGACGGUGGUCAACCAACAAAAUGCAGGGCUAAACACCAUGGACACAGACCAGCUCCUAGACCUAUUCAACCUCGGAGAAACAGCCGAAAAUGCCGAGAAGCCCAGCGACAACGCCGCGGGCAACGAAGUCGACAUGGUCGACAUCGACGGCGAAGUCAAAGAAAAGGGCAAGAAGGGCUGGCUCGACGAUCUCGGCGAGCUCUGGGACGAUCGUCAAUACCAAGAAGAAUACAACCUGGACUCUUUCUUGCAGACAAUGAAAGGAUGA